AUGAAUACACCCUGUAGUUUAGAACAUUGUCAUACAAAUUUGUUUGCUUUGCAAAGUUUAAAUGAUAUGAAAUGGAAAUGUUUUCGUCGAUCAGUGAAUUAUCGUUUAGAAACUAAUCAGUUAGGUCGAAUAGACAAUUAUAAAGAUCCAGUUUUAGUUGCAUACUGGCAUGCACUGCGUUCUGAUAUUUUAUGUUCAUGGAGGCGUGUACCGACUAAUGAUGGGCAAAAAACGGAAAGAGAACUUUGGCUAUUCGGUAUCAAUGAAGAUCUACCUUCAGAUUUACUUAAUUUAAAGCCAAUCAAUGAAGCGCAUGGGUCAUGGAAUGAAAGCGUGAUGUUAUACGAUUGUAGAUCAAUGUUAUUUAAAGCUUUACAUAAUAUGAUUGAAAAAUAUUUACUGUCGAAAGGUUUUGCUCGAUUGAAUAAAUGGUUUGUUUUACCAGUUAAUGAUCAUUCCGAUGUGAAAGUGCCGAAUUGCUCUUUUAAUUUCAAUUUUUUUCUACACGGUGAUAAUAAAGUAUGCGCUAGUGUGGACGUACAACGUCAUCAACAUAUAUUUAAUCUUACAACUAAAGAUUUGGAACGAACUUCAUCAUCAAAUGUUAUUUUGGCACCGUACGGUAUCAAUGGAAUGCUUAUUGGCCCUGUCAAUAGAGACAUAGAUAUUAAUUGUUUACGUGAGAAUUGGGAAAAAAGCUAUCCGAUUCGACAUUUAGAUGGUUUGCCUGAUUUUGUUGAAGUUACCACAGGUAAUGCUCGAAUGUUCUAUCCAACCUGUUAUGUAUAUAAAGUUGGUUCAAAUGAGGAGUCGCCUCCAAAUAAUGAAAGUGCUUCAACAAACAAAAAGCCGAAUUCAUCCACAUCGAAAAAACCAACACCCACAACAGCAACAAAUGCACCUUUAGAUGCAACUGCAAAUAAAAAUAAAUUUGAUAGUUCAUUUAUAAAAAAGUUUGCUAAUAAUUUAUUAGUAACUGCACAACGAAAUAAUUGUACUGAUCUCGAAAAAAAACAAGACAAUAAGCAUAAUGAUACAUGUUCAGCUAUUGGUGAUCCAGCGAAUCCUCAUUUAUGUCGAUGUAAUCAAACUUUGCCGAACAAUAAUCCUUCGUCGCCAUUUGUUCCAUUUCAUCGUCGUACUCGUGCAACUCCGUCUAAUAACGGCGAAUCAUCUAUGCGAACGAAAACAGACCCUGUUAAAUCUGAAAAUACUUCAGAGUUCAUCGAAAAUCAUGAUAAUCAAGUAGAAACCAUUGUAUCAUCAACCAUAACAACUAAUAACCAACCAACAACAAAUGAAAAACCAGUCGAUUGGAUCGCAACUACACCGAAUAGUGUCGGUGUCACCGGUUCAUCACCAGUGCUUGCUCCAAUUACGAAUCUAAGUUCUACUACAACGAGUUCUCCUGCACCGAAUCCACCGGCAACACGUGGCAUUAAACGUUCAGCGGCGAAAGCAUUCGACGAAACGUUUAUUGAAGAUGAUGAACCAGAACAUCAAAAGCAAACAUAUGAUUUUUUUCGAACUGACUCAUUUUUACAAUUACCUUUAAAACGUUUUCGAACCGAUGAUCGAUCGAAUCUGAAUGAAUUUGAAUCAACAAUAACAACUUCUGAACAUGUUUAUCAACAUGGCCAACCUACUCCUCCUAGUCCUAGUCAAAUAUCACUUCGUGCUAGUUAUGAUUUUGAUGAAAACGAAGAUUCGACAUAUCGAACAAACAAUUCAUUGUCGACAUCCUAUAAUAAUCGUUCGAAUCAAUCAUCAUUUUUUAUAACAGAUGGUCCAUCGAUGGCUGACCUUGAAACAAUUAUUGAUUCACAAGAUACAACAGAUAAUAGAAAUACGACGAUGCAUUUGCAUACUACUUCUGAUAAUAAUGUUAAAUCACCAAGUCGAAAAGAAAAUAUUCUUCCACCACCACCUCCUAUUCCAAGUAUAUUUAUCAAUAAUAGCAAUAUGUAUCAUUUUAAUAAAUCAUUUAAUGGAGUUCUCCAUGAGAUGGAACAGAUCUACAAUACGCCACCGGGAUCAUCGUCAUCGGAAAAACUUCAAGCGCUGCAUUCUCCGUAUGGCAUCAUGAUUGACACUUCGAUUCAUGGAGUAAAUACACUUGAUGCAUUGAAUCAUUUUAGUCAACAAUCUAUUCUUGUUCCAUUCGAAUCAAAUUCUGUUGCGGAGCAAUCAGCUUACUAUCCCAUUAGUAAACUUUCAGUAAAAAACUUUCCUAAACGCUAUGAACCAUCGAAAUCUUUAUCUCUAACAUCAUUAACUUACCAUAGACCUUUUCGAAACUGGAAACAUGUGAUUCCCACCAACGAUGUGUCGUCGAGUCCAUUUAAUAAUCAACAAAUUCUUCGACAACAAGCUACACCACGUUCAUUGGCAACGCCAUCCUCUAAUCUCUAUUCUCCUAUGCGUUCCAAUGAUAUACAAUUAUCCCCGUAUCCAAAUCGAUCUAUUAGUAGCGUUCAAACAAUCAAUAGUCCAAUGGGAACGAUCCCAUCAACAGUGCCCGAAAUUGAUUCUUUCAUAUUUAAUGUUUUACUUAAUGAUAGCAUUUUAAAUAUACAUCGCGAUAUUAAUUUUGAUUCGUGCGUUUUAUGUGCUUGUAAUUCAAAUGAACUAUCCAUACAUGGUAGCGAUUCAAUUGUAUAUUUAGAAAAACCACAUGAUAAUUCGAAAUUAACUCAUUCACAAAUGUAUCCACAUCAACAACAAUCACUCUAUCAACAUACGACACAACAUCCGCAACAGCAAACAACUACAUCAAUAAAUAAUUCAUGUUCAUGUGGCUUUUCAGCUGUUGUAAAUUUACGUUUAGGUCAUUCGUCAGGACUGUUUUAUGAAGAUGAAAUUGAAAUAACAGGAAUUAAAGCUGAUAUCAAAUAUCGUCAAACAACAGAUCAAUUAUCAGUAAAUGUAUUGGAACUAAUUGAACGCAAAGAAUGCCUAUCGUCGCCAUUCGAUUAUUUCAACAAUCAAUAUUCGCCAAAGCAAAAUACACAAGAUACCCUUGAAAUAUUAAAACAACCAUUUCAUCAACAUGAAAAUUGGGCAUGUCGCUUGGCGAUUGACCAAGCACGAAAUAAUGUAAAUUUCUUAAUAGCUGAUGAUAUUGAAAAACAUCAUUGGCUACAUCAAUGGUCCUAUUUAACAUCACCACUUGAUUCUGAUCAACAAUUAAUUGUUAUGCUACGUUCAUUACAGCCUUUACUCGUUGAAGCUUUAAAAAAACGAAACGUAAAUGGACUAUGGAGUACUAUUGAUGGUCCGUUGACCUGGAAAUCUUUUCAUCAAUUAUUAUAUGUACAAAAUCAGCAUGCACAUCUUGAAGAACAAAUAAGCGGACCUCAACCAAUUCCAUAUGUUCUGGCUGGCCUUGAUCGCGAAUGGAUUAUGUUAGCACCAUAUGGCUUAAAAUUUUGGGAUAAAUUAUGUCUUGAACCAUACUCAAAACGAAAGGAUAUCGGUUAUAUAUGUGUUGUUCCUGAUAAUGAUUUUAUAUGUUCAACGACCAAAACUUAUCUUCGCGAACUAUCUGCACAUUAUGAGCUGUGCCGAUUAGGUUUACAUAGGCCACUGUUAAAAGCAUUUUCCGAUCAAGGACUUUUACGUAUAUCACAACAGAAUAAUGAUACAUCCCAACUUCCAAAUGUAGAUCCAUGGUUUACGAAUCAUGAAACCACGCAUCCGCUUGGCAGUCGAUUGAAGUUAUAUGCUCAAACGCUUAAAGAUAAAAUUCUCAAUAUUCUCACUACAAAAACAUUGGAUAACACGUUAUUAGAUGACAGUGCAUAUCGUCGUGAUUCAUUUCGCACUCCAAACGACAUGUCUUCGUCGCCAUACGAUAAUCAUUCAACGAACAGUGACCCAGCAACGAACAGUUUUGCCUCUUCACCUUCCUAUUCCGCAGCAAGUAGUAUCUAUACAACAGGAUCAGUAGCAAGUGAUGCUCUUGGUUCAUCGUCGACUAAUCUCCUGUCAUCAACGAAUGGUACUAUGGUAAAUGGCCAACUAGUUGAACCGCUUGAUUUACAGGCAUUUGAAUCGCAUUAUCAUGGCCGUUCAUUAAACGAUGAACAAUUAUUUAUUGUCAUUUAUAUAGUUGAUACAUUUCGAUACGAAUUAAUGGGAUCGUCAAGUAAUGGUGAAAAUGAAGAUAUUCAAAUUGAUGAAGCCAUUGAUAUUUAUGUAAAAAAAGCAAUUUUUCGUGCUUAUAUAGAUCUAAUUAAAGAUUUACCGGAAAAAAUCAGUAAUCGAGUUAAUCUUCAAAUCAUACCAUUCGAGUCAAUUAUUAAUCAGCAAAUUGAAUCCGAUGCUGAACUUCGUUUAACACGAUUAAAACGAUUAUCAUUUCAUGUUUACGAUCAAUUGCGGCAAACCGUUUCACAAACAAUACGAGGCAAAUCUUUAACGGGCUUCGGUCCGGCAAUAACAGACGAAAAAAUGCCAGCAAAAAUUGUUAUGCAGCUCUAUACACCAGCAUACAUUCUCUCGCCGAAAUCAGAUUUUCGUUUCAAAUCACUUAUUGAUAUAACUGAACAGACUAAUAAUAACGGAAGUAUUUUAUUUUGUUCCUAUUGUUUAUCGGAUGAUCAACGAUAUCUAUUAACAUCGUGUACCGAUGAUCGAGGAGAAUUAUUAGAAACAUGUUCAAUUAAUAUUGAAGUACCAGAUAGACACAAACGAAAAGUACAAUAUGCUCGACGAGUCGCUUUACGAAAAUUAUGGGAUUUUAUCAUGCGGAUUAUUACCAGUACAACAAUGCCAUGGAGAAUUGUCAUCGGCCGAUUAGGAAGACUGGGUCAUGGAGAAUUAAAAAGUUGGGGAAUCAUAUUAUCGAAAAAGAAUCUUGUUCGCUGUGCUACCUUAAUACGUGAAUCUUGCUCAAUGUGCCAUAUUCUACGUAGUCAUGAUCAUCCUGUUAUUCUAUCGGCAUGUUUAGUCUCAUUGGAAACACAUCCACUGUUAGCUAUUCUACCAGAAUCACUUGAAUUAGGUGAAAUGCGUGGAACGCAACCAUCGAAUAAUAAUUCAUCAAUGAUGCAGAAUGGUGGACAAGUUCUAAGUGAUGUUUCAGUGACACAUAUUCUUACAUUACCAACAUCAGCAUCUGUGCAGCAUGUUCAAUCCAUCCCUCGACUAAGCGAUCCUCGUCAAAUAUCAAUGGAUAAUGACGAUGAUUUAUUCAGUUCAAUAUUUGGACCUCUUGACGGUGACGAUUUCGGCAAUAUACAAUCCCCGCCACCAGAUUUAGAAUUUCCGCCUACCGGUGUUUUUGAUGUGAAUCACAAUGGAAAUCCAAAUGGACCCAUGAGUCGUUUAAAUAGUCUAUCCAUCUCACAGCAUAAUUACAAUGGAAAUGAUCAAUAUGGAAAUUCUCUAAAUAGUUCAAAUAUGAAAUCGAAUUCGCUCCUUCAUUUAGAUUCCGACGUUGAUAUGAACGACAUACCGACCUUACAUCAGCAACCACUUGCACUUGGUUUUUAUGUUUCUACAAUCAGUACAUUAAAUCCUUUGCCAAUAUGGAUGUUACAAGGUAGAUGCAAUCAACGACUAAAUAAUACAUCAAGCGUAUUCAAAGCCACAUUACAUGUUAGUGUACCUAAUGCUCAACAUUCAGAUGACAUGUUAUUUGCUCAAAAUCAUGAUCAAAAAUCGAUUCAUCCACUUGAUUCAAAUUAUACUUAUGUUGUACUUCGACAUGUUCUUGAAUCUUACAAUCGUUUAUCGUGGUUACUAAUCGAUGCUAAAACUAAUGAACGUGCCAGUUGUUUACCAAUUCAUAUGGAAACGUUAUUAAAAUUAUACCAUGCGUUUAUUAAAUUUGUAUGA